UUAUUUAUUUAUUUUUUAACAUGGAGUACUACAAAGUUGAUUUAAAGUUAGAAUGGGAAGCAACACGAAAGAAGAAGCCUCUUACGCCCAAAACGAGAAGUUGGGAGGAAAAAAGGUUUAGAAGCCAUUAAGUCACUCACUGCUCUCAUCUUGCUUUUUAAAAGACUAGUAAUAACUGAGUCCAGCCUUCCACUUCGAUCCUGUCGGGCGGUGGUGUGAUUUGACGAUCGUGACUGCAGCUCCACCCGCCACGUGCCUUCUCAUUUCUUUUUUGGGGGAGAAGAAAAACGGGAAGCAAAACCAAAACACUUCCAGUGUCAGUUCUGCAGAUGUCACCUGCCCUCCCGUUGGUCGAAAACCUCCCCCAAGUACAAAGCUAAGCACGCCUGCCAUUCCCCAAGCCAAACGACCCCGGAUCCGUGAAAUCCAGUCUUCUGUCUCGCUUGCACAAUGGCCUGCAGACAGAUGCUCAACGAGAACGAUUUAUUGCGGAAAAUAAUGCUCCGGGCCUCGUGGGGAGCAUGUGGGCGUGGGAAGAGGAAAGCAGCCGGGCUGCAGGGCGAGCUCCGGCGGGGGCAGCUGCUGGGCUGCGCCUGCAAUCGAACUGUGCUUCCCAUUUCUCUCUUUGGGAUGGAGAUUUCAUCCCAUCAGUCUCAUCUCCUGGAGCAACUCAAUGAGCAGCGCAAGCAAGACCUGUUCUGUGACUGCAACAUCCUGGUUGAGGGGCAGGUUUUCAAAGCUCAUCGAAAUGUGCUGUUUGCAAGUAGUGGUUAUUUCAAAAUGCUCCUUUCCCAAAGCUCGAAGGACACUGGUCAGCCAACAACUGCUUCUUUCGAAGUUUUUUCUCCUGAGACAUUUGUGGUUAUUCUGGACUUUGUGUAUUCAGGCAAACUGUCUCUCACUGGUCAAAAUGUGAUUGAAGUCAUGUCCGCAGCGAGCUAUCUGCAGAUGACAGAUAUUCUUAAUGUGUGUAAAACAUUCAUUAAAUCCUCACUGGACAUUAAUGAAAAAGAGAAGGAUCAUUAUUUCACCCUCUCAGCCAAAAGCCUUAAUAGUGGAUCUGACCGUCCGUCAUUUUAUCGGUCGCGACGGAAAGCCAAAAGCAACCCCCGACGUUCCCACAUCUUCCCAGAUGAAAAGGCAGGAAUGGAUAAUGAAAAUUCCUGGAGUAAUUACAACAGUUGCCCUUCUCCACAAAUGAAUAUCCAACAGCCAGAAGGACCACUAACCAAAAGAAUUCAAAAGCUCAGCUCAAUGAAAAGGCGCAGAAAGCAUCUACGACUGAACGAGGGAUUUGUGCAGUACAAAUCAAACAAACCUGAGCAGAGCAGUGGAAGUUACAGGGCGUUGGAGUCUAACCACAUUUCUCAACACAGAAAGGAAAUUUACCUCAACAUAGAAAACGAGGAGGCUAGUCCUGACUAUCAGUGUGAGCGAGAAUCAGAGGUGAUACCCAAGAGGUGGUCUGUGGCUCAGGUAGAACAAGAACUUUCAAGAACUUCCCCUGAGUUAACGGAUUUAAAAGCAGAUGAAUUGUAUACCUCUAUGCCUACAAUUUUAGGUGUAAUGGGUGGUUGGAAUGAAGAUCUACCUAGGAUGAGAUUCAUGUGCCCCUUCUGCACACAUACAGUGAAACGGAGAGCAGACCUGAAACGUCAUCUUCGAUGUCACACAGGGGAGCGACCUUAUCCAUGUGAGGCAUGCGGGAAAAGGUUCACCAGACUAGAGCACCUCCGUAGCCAUUUCCAAACAAUACAUCGAGCUGGCAAACUGAUCUGCAGAAAGUGUAAGCAGCAUGUCACUGACUUAACAGGACGUGUGGUUCAACAAGGAACACGGCGCUACAGGCUAUGUAAUGAGUGUCUAGCUGAAGCUGGUGUGGACAAUAUCCCUAAUGAUGAUACAGAUACAGAACAUCCCCUCCUAAUCUCCAUAAGAAACAAGAAUUCCAGGUGGCCACUGGAGGACGAGCACAGAUCAGAUGUAGAGAUAUUGAAGGAUGAAUCUGAUAAAUUGGUUGACCAGCAAGUUAAUGAUAGUGCAGAUGAGGCAGAAGAAAAUGUGAAAUCAAAUAUUAGAUAGCUGUAUUUAUGGAUGUAUUAGUGCUGAACUCAACACUGACUUGCUAUAUCUUGCCAAUUAACUUUAGACCAUGGUCAACUUAGUUUAUAAUUACUAGAUCUCUAACACUACUUAAAUCUAUGGGAGCAAAAUAAGGCCUAAAAUGUAACUGACAUAUUGUAGUAUAAGGUAUAAGUAUUGUCCAGAAGUGACUGAUUAUCUGGAGAGCUAUUAAAAGGAUUUAUUUUAUAUUUAAUCAAGGCCAGUUCAAAGUUCCUGCUUUCAAGUGUGUAAGACCCAUUUUCCCUUCCCUAUUUCAAAGUCCCUUUUUGUGUUUAGAAAAAAGGGGUUUGUUUUUUUUUAAGUUUCAGUAUUAUAAAGGUGUUUAUUCAUCUAGUUUUAAUGUUCACCUGUUUACAAGGAAAGUAAAAUGAUGUAUAGCUUCAAAGCAAAAACCUGUUAUUGAGUAAUUUGCUCUGAAAAACAGUAGGUUUCUAAAGCUAGCAGCUAAGAAAUUGUCUUUAGAUACUAUAUUUAACCUAUACAUUCACUUAUGAAACACUUACAUUUUUUUUUUUACUUGUAAUAAAUUUUUUUAAACUGGAA